ACUCGGACAUCACAACGCUGCACAGUCACGUACUUGCACACACAUCUCAUUAGAAUUUCCGAUCCACCCAGUGCAAAUUGAGCUAGCGAUAGGUAUGGAGACACCCAAGAUGGCAGCAGUAGCCUUUGUACUCGUGGUCACCAUGGCCACGACCUCCAUGGCUCAGAACCCGGAUCAGGAAUUCGUGGCGCUGCACAACGCCGCCCGUGGUGAGGUAGGUGUUGGCGAUGUGGUCUGGGAUCAUACUGUCGCGGCGUUCGCACGGGCCUACGCGGCUAGACGUGCCGGUGACUGCAAGCUCGGGCACUCUGACGAUCACAAGACCAUGGGCUACGGUGAGAAUGUUUACGUGGGACCAGCCGGCAAGGACUGGACGGUGGCGGAGGCCAUGGAGAUGUGGGUGAACGAAAGGCAGAAUUACGACAACGUCAGCGGCAGAUGCAUGCCGCAGAAGAUGUGCGAGCACUACAUGCAGGUGGUGUGGCGCAGCACGACGGCCAUUGGCUGCGCGCGCGUCAAGUGCGACAAUGGUGGCGUCUUCAUCACCUGCAACUAUGCCCCAGCGGGCAAUGUCCCUGGACAGCGUCCGUACUAGCGACUUGCUACUUCAAGUGCUAUUAUAAGAUACAAAUAGCUAUGUUGUGUGUAUUCAUAGUAAUAUGUCAAUCGAUGCUAUCUCGAUGUAAUACGUAUGUUUGCUCUCUGCAUGCUUGAUGCCUGCAUAUACUUUAUGCAGUCACCUUUGUUUUAAUAAAGAAAUCAUGCAAAUGUAACAUAAAUGUGCUCUGUAUCUUAAAGCAGGGAAUAAAUAAAGAAAAUUGCUAUUUCUUC